GAGUGUUUUGGCAAUAUUUCUUCAAAAGCUAUUUCACUAGAGUUGUAAGUGUUUGUGGUGUGAAUAUCAGUGAAAAGAGUAGGAAAAAUGAGAGAAGGGAGCAAGGUAUGUGUUACAGGAGGCACUGGUUUCAUUGGUUCAUGGCUCAUCAAGAAGCUACUGGGCAAGGGUUAUACUGUUCAUGCAACUCUCAGAGAUUUGAAGAACGAGUCAAAGGUAGGGCUGCUAAAGAGCCUUCCUCAUGCAGAAGGAAAACUGGUUCUGUUUGAAGCUGAUAUUUACGACCCAAUUCAAUUUGAUCCCGCAAUUCAAGGAUGUGAGUGUGUGUUUCAUGUUGCUACUCCCCUCACCCACGAACCAGGUUCAUCUCAGCAGUACAAGGAUACUACGGAAGCAGCAGUUGCAGGUGCGAAAAGCAUUGCCCUGUCAUGUGUGAGAUCAGGGACGGUGAAGCGUAUGAUCUACACUGCUUCUGUUGUAUCAGCCUCUCCGCUGAAAGAAGAUGGGAGUGAUUUCAAAGAUGUAAUGGAUGAAACUUGCUGGACUCCUCUCAAUGAUUCCUUGGAAUUCGUAUUCCCUGAUCCUUUUUACAAGGACUAUGUUUAUUCAAAAACACUGUCUGAGAAACAUCUGUUGAGCUAUGGGAAUGAUGAAAAUGGUGGAAGAAAAUUGGAGGUAGUGACUCUCCCUUGCGGACUAGUGGGAGGUGACACCCUCGUAUCUUCCACAAUCAAUAGCAGGGUAAUUUGCAUUUCACAGAUCGUGCAAAAUGAAAUAGCCUACAAAACACUCAAGUUCCUAGAGGGAUUGCUGGGUAAAAUUCCUCUUGCACACAUUGAUGAUGUAUGUGAAGCUCAUAUUUUCUGCAUGGAAAGCACCUCCAUCAGUGGAAGAUUCUUGUGUGCAAGUUCUUACAUUUCAUUACAAGAGAUGGCUAACCAUUACGCUCUUUAUUAUCCAGAAUUCACCGUCAAACAAGAAGAUGAAGAUGGGCAGAGGAAGGAUAUGAAGUGGACAUCAACAAAGCUGUGUGAUAAAGGAUUUGUAUACAGAUAUGACGCGAAGAUGAUAUUGGAUGAUUGUAUCAAAUGUGCAAGAAGGAUGGGUGAACUCUAGUCUCCAUCUUGUGUUGUAUCUGUUUGUAAUACAGCAAAUAGCAGAGACAUCUGUUUCUGUUAGUACUGUUUGUUUUUUCUUUUUUAUUAAAAAAUAAUCUGAGUUUCAAAUCAACCAGAAAAGUGAAUUAUUCGACUGAGAGUUACCAAAUUGAAAGGGAUUUGGAUGUAAUGGAGUGAGUUUCAUAUGGAAUAGUAUAAGA